AUGCGCGGACUCGAGUGCUGGGCGUGCGGGCUCGUCUUUUCCUUCGCCGCCGCGCUGGCGCUCGACGCGCAGGCGCAAGCGGCGCCGACGGCGCUUGCGGCGUGUCUUGUCGUCGCUUCGUCCAGCGGCGGCGCGCUGCUGCUCGCCAAUGCCCUCGUCGCGGCACUCGUCCUUGCAGUCAGCACGCUGCAAAGGGUGGUCUUUGGUCGUCUCCGUGUCGCCGAACGCCAGCGCACCUUUGAGCGCAUCGUGAGCCUCUCGCUCAGUCAGCUCGUUGCGCUGUGGGCGGUGGUCGGCGGCCUCGGCUGCGCGCUUAGUCUGUACUCGGGGCUGUGUCGUGACCGGCUCGACUACCUGGUGCACUUGCCCGAGGCGCCCUCGGCCAGCCGGCUUGCCGCCGUCCUCGUCACGCAGCUGCUGCUUCUCGCGACGACGCUCGGCCUCCUCCGCACGCUCUGCGUUGUCUUUGCCGACGCGGGCGUGUCGGCGCUGGCGCUGCUCCUCUUCCAGCCGGCCGUCGUGCUCCUCGACGGCCUGUUCCACCUCCUCGGCCUCGGCGUCUCGACGCUGCUCCACCACGCGCACCUCUGGUACGCCCGCGGGCUGCACUUUUCGGUCGUCGACAUGCUGCUGCUGGCGAACACAAAGGCAGCCUUCGAGUCGCUGCAGGCAGAAAAUCGGUCGGCGGCCUUCACGUGA